AGCGCGGUAUAAAUCUUUUCAGUUGAGUUUGGAACGCGUAACCGUUAAAACGUACAGACCUCUUUGGAGCGGAAGUUUCAACAUUUCUUUGGUUUCUGGUAUCUGGGGGACUUUUUUGCUGCGCGUAUUUGAAUAUAUAUAUUUUUUUACGGAACUAAAAAUGCAGCGAUUCCAAGUUUGCAGUGUCCUUAUCCUCGCCUGGAUUGCCUGUGGACAUGCCCUGGCCGUGGGAUCUCCGGAGUGCCCCGAGAAGUACGGCGAACAGGCCUACGCCCACACGGAGAACUGCGACCAGUUCUUCCUCUGCACCAACGGCACCCUGACCCUGGAGACCUGCGAGAACGGACUGCUCUUCGACGGCAAGGGCGCGGUGCACAAUCACUGCAACUACAACUGGGCGGUGGACUGCAAGGGUCGCCACUGGGAUCCCACUCCCAUCUCCACGCCGGCCUGCGAGUACCAGUUCGGUCUGUACGCGGUCUCCAAGGACUGCUCCACCACCUACAUCAAGUGCGCCCACGGAGAGCCCCAUGAGCAGGACUGCGACGCCGGUUUGGCCUACGACGAAAGGAUCCACGGCUGCAACUGGCCCGAUCAGCUGCUGGACCACUGCAAUCCCGAGGCUGUCGUCGGCUUCAAGUGCCCCACCAAGGUGGAUCCGAACUCGGUGGCCGCCCGCUUCUGGCCCUUCCCCCGCUUCCCGGUGUCCGGCGACUGCCACCGGCUGAUCACCUGCGUGGAGGGGCAUCCCCGCCUGAUCAGCUGCGGCGAGGACAAGGUCUUCGACGAGCACACGCUGACCUGCGAGGAGCCGGAGUACGCCAGCGGAAGCUGUGCCAACUACGGCAAAUAGAGGGAUUGCCGAUCGUCCUGUACAUAUAUUUGCCCACGAACCGACUACAGUGCAAUCUCGAUAAUGUGAACGUUUAAAUUAAAGAAAAAAUCCCUUUUGUUUGCUGCAACUUCUGAACGAGUUAUUAUGUUGGUUCCCUUGGUUUUCACUAAUUCGAGUGUGCACUGUACUGUAAAGCCCCCACUAACUACUUUGACUUCCCCUUUUCUCUAUCCAGCUUGCACUGUAAAAAACUUCCUAGCCCAAUAGCUUGUUAACUCGUUGCUUUUUUAACGCCUCCACAUUGUUUGUCUCUUUUCCUGUAUUAUUAACUUGUUUGCUGUUUGGUCUCUUUUGUAUAUGAAUCGCAAUAAAGUUAAUUUUAUUUAUUGUA